UGGUUUUCGCAGUAUUUUGUGAUAGUUUUAUUAUCAGGGAUUCAUGCAUGAGAACUCUCCUUCAUGGCCUUCCCCAGUUCCACUUGUCAGGUUUUCCAAUACAUGUGACUCUAUUUUGAUUCUGACAACUUUCACAAUCUACAUUAGAAAAGAGGAAACUGGGGCUCAGAAAGUUUUAGAAACUAAUUCAAGAUCCAGCUGGGACAGAGCCUGCCAGGUGCUGGUGACUCGGAUCCUGACAGGAGAUCGCUCUGCAGAAGACUGGCAGGAUCCCAGAGCAACAGACUGGGGAUCGAUGCACCUUCCCCGCCAGGUCUCUCCGUCGGCAACUGUCCUCCUAGCACCGGGUACCCGGCAGGCGGGGCUGGUGAGCGCACGUCCCCUGCGCCGUGACGUCACAAUAGCGACUCACUGGACCCGGCCCUUAGCAACCGGCCUGGCGACGGUUUCCCUGCUGCUGCCGUCCCCGCCGGCUCCUCUUUUCCAGUCCUCCAUUGCCGGGGCUGGGCCCGGCCGGGGGAAGGACCGAAGGGGAUCCAGCGUGUCCCUACGGCGGCUGCAAGAGGACUAAGCAUGGAUGGCAGCCGGAGAGUCAGAGCAACCUCUGUCCUUCCCAGAUAUGGUCCACCGUGCCUAUUUAAAGGACACUUGAGCACCAAAAGUAAUGCUGCAGUAGACUGCUCAGUUCCAGUAAGCAUGAGUACCAGUGUAAAGUAUGCAGACCAACAACGAAGAGAGAAACUCAAAAAGGAAUUAGCACGAUGUGAAAAAGAGUUCAAAUUAACUAAAACUGCAAUACGAGCCAAUUCUAAAAAUAAUUCCAAGUCACUUUUUAACACCUUACAAAAGCCCUCAGGCGAACCGAAAAUUGAGGAUGACAUGUUAAAAGAAGAAAUGAAUGGAUUUUCAUCCUUUGCAAGGUCACUAGUACCCUCUUCAGAGAGACUACACCUAAGUCUACAUAAAUCCGAUAAAGUCAUCACAAAUGGUCCUGAGAAGAACUCCAGUUCCUCCCCGUCCAGCAUGGAUUAUGCAGCCUCCGGGCCCCGGAAACCGGGCUCUGGAACCCUGUAUGGCAGAAGGCCCAGAAGCACGUUCCCAAAUUCCCACCGGUUUCAGUUAGUCAUUUCGAAAGCACCCAGUGGGGAUCUUUUGGAUAAACAUUCUGAACUCUUUUCUAACAAACAAUUGCCAUUCACUCCUCGCACUUUAAAAACAGAAGCAAAAUCUUUCCUGUCACAGUAUCGCUAUUAUACACCUGCCAAAAGAAAAAAGGAUUUUACAGAUCAACGGAUAGAAGCUGAAACCCAGACUGAAUUAAGCUUUAAAUCUGAGUUGGGGACAGCUGAGACUAAAAACAUGACAGAUUCAGAAAUGAACAUAAAGCAGGCAUCUAAUUGUGUGGCAUAUGAUGCCAAAGAAAAAAUAGCUCCUUUACCUUUAGAAGGGCAUGACUCAACAUGGGAUGAGAUUAAGGAUGAUGCUCUUCAGCAUUCCUCACCAAGGGCAGUGUGUCAGUAUUCCCUGAAGCCCCCUUCAACUAGUAAAAUCUAUUCUGAUGAAGAAGAACUGUUGUAUCUGAGUUUCAUUGAAGAUGUAACAGAUGAAAUUUUGAAACUUGGUUUAUUUUCAAACAGGUUUUUAGAACGACUGUUCGAGCGACAUAUAAAACAAAAUAAACACUUGGAGGAGGAAAAAAUGCGCCACCUGCUGCAUGUCCUGAAACUAGACUUAGGCUGCACAUCGGAGGAAAACUCGGUAAAGCAAAAUGAUGUUGAUAUGUUGAAUGUAUUUGAUUUUGAAAAGGCUGGGAAUUCAAAACCAAAUGAAUUAAAAAACGAAAGUGGAGUAACAAUUCAGCAGGAACGUCAACAAUACCAAAAGUCUUUGGAUGUGUUAUUGUCAGCACCAGAGGAUGAGAAUGAGAUAUUCUCUUCACCAACUGAAUUUUUCAUGCCUAUUUAUAAAUCAAAGCAUUCAGAAGGGGUUAUAAUUCAACAGGUGAAUGAUGAGACGAAUCUUGAACCUUCGACUUUGGAUGAAAAUAAUCCAAGUAUUUCAGACAGUUUAACAGAUCAGGAAACUUCUGUGAAUGUCAUUGAAGGUGAUAGUGACUCUGAGAAGGUUGAGAUUUCAAAUGGAUUAUGCGGUCUUAACACAUCACUCUCCCAAUCUGUUCAGUUCUCCAGUGUCAAAGGCGACAAUAAUCAUGACAUGGAGUUAUCAACUCUUAAAAUCAUGGAAAUGAGCAUUGAGGACUGCCCUUUGGAUAUUUAAUCUUCAUUAAUAAAUAACUCAAAUGGCCAGUAACUCAA